AUGGAUCUGUUACUGGGUGCAGUCGCACUGCAGUCGUUUCUUACUGGCGUCAACGCUGGACCGCUCCCACGCAAGUAUGCAAGGGAAGCCCCAGUGGUAGAUCUCGGGUACUCGGUGUAUGAGGGUGUUUACGACGCGGACUCCAAUAUCAACAGCUUCAAAGGUAUCCGAUAUGCAGCUCCACCACUUGGAAACAAGAGAUGGGCAGCACCGUCCGCUCCAGAGACCAACAGGACGACUACAAUUCCAGCCACCGAAUACCCUCCCGUCUGUCCACAGACUGGCGCAUCUUCAGAGACACCCCCAGAAUAUGGCUUUGCUUCUAAGCUCGGAAAUGAGGACUGCCUAUUUUUGAACGUAUUUGCGCCCGCCGAUGCACAUGAUCUGCCAGUGUUCUUCUGGAUCCAUGGAGGAGGCUAUGCGCUCUUCAGCUCGACCGGUCUCGACGCCAGCGAGUUCAUCACGACCAACAACAACGGCUUCGUUGCUGUUGUCAUCCAAUACCGCCUCGGUGCUUUCGGUUUCCUGGCCGGUGAGGAUGUCAAGCAGGACGGCGUGCUCAAUGCGGGCCUAUUAGACAUGAAUUACGCUCUCAAAUGGGUUCAAAACUAUAUAGGCCAGUUUGGCGGUGAUCCCUCUAGAGUCACCAUUGCCGGAGAAUCUGCAGGUGGUGCCGCGGUACUUUACCAAGCAAUGGCCUAUGGAGGCAAGCAGGAGGAAGACUUAUUUGAGAAUAUCAUCUCGGCUAGUCCAUGGUUACCCCAUCAAUAUGACUACAACGACGAUGUGACCGAGAAGAUCUACGAUGAUUUCGCUGGAGCUGCCGGCUGCAGUGCAGCAGAUGAUACCUUGCGAUGCCUACGAGAGGCCAAGUCUGAGGUUCUACAGAACGCCAGCGGCAAAGUAUCCGAAGCCGGGCCCUUUGGCACAUUUGCCUUCGUCCCAGUAACAGAUAGUACAUUUGUCCAACAUCGUCCUACCGAGCAGCUCAUCUCCAAGAAUCUUAGAGGCAGGCGCAUCCUCACCGGUAGCAACGCCAAUGACGGGAUCCCGUUGAGUCCACCCACUUCUAGCACCUUGCAAGCGUUUCGAGACUACGUCGACAUUACUUUCCCACUCUUCUCAGAUGCCGAUAAGGGGGCACUGGAAAAGCAGUACUCAUACGAGGGCGACGAUCAGGACACAAAUGCAGAAAACCCACUGUUCGAUACAUCGGGGACGUCUUUCCCUACCGCGGUGAAUCAGUCAUCGUUUGCUACAGGGCAACAACAGCGUCUUUUCAACCUCUUUUCCGAGUACGCAUUCCACUGUCCCAGCUACUGGAUUGCUUCGUCUUUCCCACAGGCAUGGAAAUAUCAGCUUAGCGCCCUUCCAGCAUUCCACGGCUUCGACCUCAACGCCCUCUGGUCGAAAGACCAGAAGAUCCCCGGCCAGGAUUUCAUCCACGCAUUCCAGAAGAUCUGGGGCAACUUUAUCAUCAACAAUAAUCCCGUGAUAUCGGUGGCAGACGCAAAGCAGUCCAAGGACAACGCCACCGUCCCUGCCGGAACUGACGGAAACAUCGAAUGGCCGCAGUACUCAGAAUCAAGUCCGACGCUGCUCAGCUUGAAUACCACAGGCGGGGUGCCUACCUACCUCACGCCCGCUGCGAACCUGAAGUACUAUGUUUACAGUGACCCUGGCGUGACCAAUGCAUUUAAGGUUGCAGAUGCGGCGCAGUGGGAAGGCGGUCGAGGGAACCGAUGUGACUGGUGGAAAGUGAAUGCUGCAAAGGUUCCAUACUAG